AUGGACCGCUCAAAUGCCAUAGAAGGGCAGGGAAUCAACUUAACCGUCGGUGCUGCCCCGACUUCCUUCUUCAUUUGCAAUUGGUAUCGAGGGAGCGAUAGUCAAGAAAAGUUGAUCGUCACCGUCUACCUGCCUCCGUUAAGCGGAUACGUCUUCGGACCUGCCUACACCAGGCGAGAAACUCCAGGCCCGAAUUGCUCUCUCCAGAUUGAAAAUCUAAAUCAGGAUGACUCCGGAACCUACACAGUGACCAAGGAUGGACCCUCUGUCCAUGGAAGAGGAAACCUCAGUGUGGAGGUCCUAGCUUCAGGCUUACUCCCCAAGCCAAACAUGUCCCUUGUCCAGCUCUUCCGAGAGAAUAUGGAUUUGGUUCAUCUCAAGUGUGACACAACCGUGAAAUUUGCAAAUAUCAGCUGGCUGCAGAAUGGGAAGCCCCUCCGUUCAUGCUCUAGGAUCCAGCUGUCCAAUAAUAAGCAGACCCUCACCAUACAGCCCGUUCUCCGUCGUGAUGCCGGCGCAUAUCAGUGUCAUAUUUCCAACCUCUUCUCUGCUCGAAGGAGUGACACCACCAUCAUUUCUGUGAUCUAUGGUCCGGAUCCCCCUGUGAUCAAGAUGUCUGCCAUGUUUCUCACCCAACCGUCCAACGGUAGACUCAACUGCAAAGCCAGCUCGUUUCCUGAAGCCGAGUAUUGUUGGUUCCACAACGGGAAGGAAUUCAGCAAGAGCCCUGAAAUUCUUCUCAAGGACAUUCAGUCAGGGACUUAUACUUGCCAGGCGACAAAUCCUUUCACUCAGCGGAAGGAAAACACCACUUUGGAGAUUGAAUAG